AUGGCGCGCGUAGUCCGCGGCGAGGGGGACUCCCUGCAAAAGAGAGGACAGCUGCUCUUUAGGCAGGGCAAUUACUCAGACGCUCUGGCUGCGUUCACUGAGGCUCUCUCUUGUAAAGGUGCCGAUGUGAUGAGCAUUCUGGACAACCGCGCCGCAACGUACAUCAAGCUUACGCAGUAUGAUCGCGCUCUCAAUGACUCGCGACAGAUGAUCCGCAGGGACACCAAAGAUGGACGGGGCGUUUUGCGAUAUGGUCAGACAUUACUUUUGACUGGAGAUCGUGCAAAGGCUCUCAAAGCUUAUGGGUAUGGAUUGAAAACCUUGCCUGAAGAUCAUCCCCGUCGUAAGAUGAUACUGCAAAUGUACUGCAAGGUGAAAGAAAGAGCGUCAGUGAAACGACUAGAUCCCUUUGAUACUCUACCUCUUGAGUUGGCCAUGAUGGUGCUGCAGCAUUUCAGUUUCAGGGAGCUGGCGGUCCUCCUGCGAGUUUCAAAGGGAUGGCAGCGAAUGCUUUCACAACCAGAUCUUUGGAUGCACCUGGAUUUCACUGAGGCCCGACGCAAGGUCCAUUGGCGCUCCUUUCGGGCAUUUGUCCAGCGCUCGCGUGCCUUGCUAACUCAUGCUGUCAUGACCAACAUAUCUACCCCUUUUCAAGACAGAGUGCUAGAAGCUUUGAGUAGAUGUCCAAAAUUGGAACACCUGGAGAUUCGGGACCCUAUCACACAACCUAAUGGACUUUACGACGUGUUCAGGAGCUCAAGGCAAUUGAAAUCUCUAGUUAUCGGGAAACAGACACCUGUGGCUCAAGAAAAUAUCGCGAAGUUUCUAUCAAGCUUAACGCAGCUUGAACUGCUAGAGAUUCAUAAUGCCCAGCCGUCGCCUGAAUCCAGAGUACACUGGCCCUCACAUCUGCCGAAUUUGAGGAGCAUUGCCCUGUUCACGGAAGCAUCAAUGCCGGCCCCAGGUCGUGUUCCUGCUUUAUACAUUCCUCCUGCUACUGAGCCAAUGUCUUGCGCAAUGCCUAAUCUUGAAGAGCUACGGCUGGACUCUUAUCCCAAAGUCUGGGCGCCAUACAACCUUUCAUUUGACCCAGUUCAAUUCCCCCGGCUACGUAAACUAGAUCUGAAAGGUGUAUUCGUAGGUCCUUUCGGUUUACCGCCGAGUCUCGAAUAUCUUUCCAUUCAUGCGGGUGCCGCUCCGACUGGGGAGGAAUUCCCCUUUUCUCCCGAGCAACUCCUACACCUUCCGAAUCUUCAUACUCUUAUACUUCGCGACCUUAUUUGGGUCACCUACCGCACACUUCAUGGGUUCAUAGUCGAUUCCAAGGCUUCAUUACGGAAUCUCGUGGUCGAUCGGUGUCCGCAGCUGGACACUGGGAAGCUCAGUCUUGUUCUGGUAGAGAAUUCGGUCAAUUUGACCGAGCUCGGAGUUCCUCAGCUUCCAGGCAUCAACGACUCCACCGUGAAGACCUUGGUAGAAGGCUUGUCAAACCUUACAGCUCUGGAUGUCUCCAACACCGAUGUUACAGGUUAUCUGCUCAAAAUGCUUGCUGACGCACGUUCCUCGAAUGUCGACUUUCCACGUGUCGAGUAUGUAUACAUCAAAAAUUGUGACAAUAUCCCGUACGAGGCAAUUACCUACGCUCGGUCACAUGGGGUCAGUGUCAUUCGGUGAUUUACAUGCUUCAGCACAAACGCACUCUGAAGCAUGCUGGCAUGCACAGGUAUGUGUUUGAUAUUUGCAUCUGGCGCCGUAUCGAAUGUUAGACUAUAGAUCUACAAAGUGUGCAUACGUGGUAUGGCUGUUCUACGCCCCCAAAAGUCUAAUGUGGUCU